CAGUUGACACAGAUAAAGAGGGGAAACAACUCUUGAGUGUUGUGGACUUUGGUGGACAGUGCGCCUAUUACGCGUGUCAUCAGGUCUACCUCAGUAGAAGAGCUUUUUAUCUUCUCGUCAUUGACAUGUCUAAAGCAUUUGAUGAGAAAGUUGACCCAAAACUCUGUGAACAGGCAGGGACAAUGUUUACUGACUGGUCUUAUGGGGAAUACCUGUUGUUUUGGUUGAAGUCAGUGCAUACCUACUGUGACAAUGACGCCCCAGUGAUCAUCGUUGGAACACAUUUAGACGAAGCCAAAGCUCAGAACUCUGAUAUCCUCUACAACAACAUCCUGGAUUAUCUAAAGUUCGACAAACAUCUGAAGUCACACCUGAAUAGGAAACGAUGUUUAGUUCUAGGCUUUAAAUCCGAUGGUUCUUCAUUCCACGACACGCUUUCUGAACUAGAGAAAUGCAUGGUUUCAAUUGCAAAAGAAGAGAGAUGGAAAGAAUCCAUUCCUACAGACUGGGCACUAUCUGAAGUCGUACUUGGAGAACUGAGAAGACGGAAAGUGAGAAUAAAGUCUGUAAAGGAAUUAUCAGAGAAAUGUUUUGGGGAAAACAAAGAGAAAUACACACAAAUCCGCGAUAUUCUGAAAUUUUAUCACGAUAUAGGCGUUAUACUACACUUUGACGAAAGUUCGCUUGCCGAAACUGUUAUCAUUGACAUCCAGUGGUUUGUUGAUUCCUUCAAGAACAUAAUAACCGAUCCAAACCAUAUCAGGGAUUUUGUCGACAACGAUAGCGAUUGGUAUUCCUUUUACAUAAGUGGUCAUAUACUGGACAGACUUUUAACCGAUAUUUGGAAUAGUCGGCACUUUGAAAUGAACCGCUGGGAAAGGAAUCAAAACAAAGCAAACUUGUUGCAAUAUAUGCAACGACUUGGUCUUAUUGCAGUUGGGACAUAUGCACAUUACAUCCCCUGUAUGAACAAGCGGAGCUUUGGUAUGCAAGAAGAGAACUUUUUCCACACCAUCCAAAGUAAAACAUCAGUACUGGUCUUUCGAUUUCAAUUUUUGCCAUAUUUUUUUUUAUUUCCGGCUCAUUGUUGCUUGUUUGACGAAAACCAAUGGCGAAUGGAUCGUUUUAGAAGACAACGGACUCUGCUUAUAUAAAAACGUGGCUUGUUUUGUAUAUAAGCAACAUGCAAUAGCUCUCGCUGUGAAUAGAUGUUCAAUUCAGCUUCAGGUUUUUCAACCUAGCAAAGAUGUAAUUGUGAAAGAUGUUACUCUAGAAAUCCGUGACAAUAUUGAAAGAUUGCUGAACGGUCUGACCAGUAACUUUCACAAGAAAGUGAUGUACACUGUAGGAUACCAAUGUUCAAAACAGGAAGUGUUUCGUGAACAUGAUGACUGUUUUGUCGAAGAGAGAGACAUUCAUGGGAAAGGAAAAAUCACUUGCCCAAAGCAUGGAAUGAUUAAUCAUCAUAUUCUGAGUGAAUCUACUCUUUUGAUUUAUUGGAAGCAGGAUGUCCUAGCUGAGAUAACAGAUUUGGAUGAUCUCAUGGACAGAGAUGAGUGCACCAGUCUGUCUGAGCCUGAGUUAAGGAAAUUUAAUUUCAAGACUUUUGACGAACUCACAAAGAUUGGACGAGACGCACUCCAACUUUAUUUUGACAGAAUAUUUCCACCAAUGGACUUGGCCACUGUACUCACCAAUAACAAACAAAGACUACAUCAAGGACAUCAGAGGCUGGAUACAGACCAAUGUACUCUUCUAAUUCCAGAUAAUGACUUGCCAUAUUUGAGCGGAUACGACAGAAAACGGGAGCUAACUGGCUCUUGCCCGAGUCAUGGAUCACAUACUUCGUAUUUUGAUACAGGAGACAUUUUUUUUUUUAAUUCAGCUUCAUAUUUUGUACCUUUUAAACCAAAUUUUUCAAUAAAUGAUGGACACAUUUUAUUCUACAUGUUUCUUUUUUCAAUACAGUUGAUCUAAAUGCAAAAUAAAGCAUAUUGCGGCCUGGCUACCCCCCCCCCUCCCAACCACAUCAUUUUCGCUUUGAAACGACUCUCAACUUUCAUUGAUAAAUAACAAGACACAUUUGUCAAAGUUUCAUUUUUAAUGAAUUGAAAAGAGCAAUUUAAUGGAAUUUGUAAGAAAUGCACAUAUCUACAGAGUAAAAUUGGAAUUUAAUCUCUAAGCAAAAUUGCGCCGAAUUGAAUUACUAAACAACUGACUGAAACAAGAUUGUAAAUGCAUGACAUCAUCAAGAAGAGCCAAUCAAAUGAUUUUCAAGCAAUUGAAUUUGGUACCGAAUAGUUUAUAAGUACAUAUUUUCAAUAUUAGCCAAAUGGUAAAAUCAUAAACCAUAGAUAAAAUUCAAAAUAAAGUGUAAAUUUGAGUUUUAAAUUCAAGGUGAAGAUUAAAUAAAAAGGAUGGGUGUUUUAAUACAAAUAAUAAAAAUUUUAAAAAAUUAUCUGAAAGUUUAGAAUUUAUUUAGAGAUUAAUUUCCAUGAUGGCAGAAUAACCUUCAAAAAUGUGCCAGUUAUAUACAUCAUAGAAACACCAUGAAUUUCUGUAAUUAUGCAAAAAAUAUCAUUGCAAGAAACUCCAAAGACCCACAUUCAUCAAAUACGACAGGAAAAACAGGACAACAACAGCUAAGUAAAUUCAGCAACACCGUGCCAGUGGCUAAGAGGUAUGGAUUUUACCAAAAUGUCAUGCAGAAAUACCCCAAAAUGUAUUUACCAUUCACAUUAUUUUCCACAAAUCUGCCACGAUUACAAAAGUAUAUAACAAAUGCUAA